UCAACAAGUGAUUGAUCGCAUCAAUCAACUUCGAACAAUUUUUACUGAUUUUCAUUGGUGGUUAGAUUCACUUUUACCACAUAUAGGAAAGUUGAAAGAGAGUGCCGAAGGAAAGCCAGACAUCGAUUGGUGGCAAAAAAUAUGUCAUGAAGAAGGAGGUGGAUCUGGUCCAUCUUAUUUAGCUGGUUGGCUUGCUGAUUUUAUUCCGUACACAACUGAUGAAAAUGGAAAAUAUCGUAAAGCUCUACGUGAGACUCAUGGUUUUAAAGGAAAUACUAUCAAAAGAAUCGAUUUUGCUGAUUUCAAUGAAAGUGUAACUCGAACAGAUUUCAUUUUGGAUGAUAAUGGACAUGAAACAAAAAUGAAAUUCAUUGCUGGAUUCUUAGGCAUUGGUCAAAAUACAAAGACAGGUGCACUUCGUCCAUGUCUCGGUUGGGCAACAGCAUUGCCGAUAUGA